UUACGAUAAAAUAAAAUAAAUUAUUUUUCGAUAAAUAAUAAACUUCAGAUUGAAAAGAAAUUGAAUAUUUUUUUUUUAGAAAUGAAGAGAUCGAAUAUAUUUCCAAUGUUCAGUAUUAAUCGGAGUCAAUAUUGUGUUAUCGACGUGUUUCUUUGAAGAUUCUUUGAAAGUGAAAAGAUAAUUAAACAUGCUGGAUUCCAAUUUCACUGACGUCACUUCCGUCUCACCGCUGGGGUCCCAGCCGACAACAACCGGCAACAGCUUCACCUUGACCGGGCUCCUGGCCACAUCCGGCCCCAACGCCAGCACACCGAGCCUUGAGACCAUCAACGACGAACGCGCCCAGCAACUCAUCCCAGCCAUGGUGGUGCUGGGCGUCCUGAUGGUCAUUGGUAUCCCUGGCAACGCGCUGGUGGUGUAUGUCUUCUGCUUCAAGAUGAAGACGGGCACCCAGAACAUUCUCAUCGUCUGCUUGGCCGUGUUCGAUCUGCUCAGCUGCUGUUUAUCGAUACCGAACGAGAUCGCGGACAUGCGAUUCUUUUUCAUGUUCGAUUCCGUGGCGGCUUGUAAAAUAAUGAGGUUCAUCAACACCUUCUGCGCCAUCGGCUCCAUCUUCACCCUCCUCGUCAUCGCCGUCGACCGGUUCCGGAAAAUCUGCCGGCCUUUUAAAUCCCAGAUGCGGAACCGGCACAUCAAGCUCUCCCUCAUCCCCAUCAUCGGCGGCGCCAUCUUCUUCGCCUGGCCGGCUUUCGUCAUGUACGGUCUCCGCACAACUGAGACCGGAAUUGCCGGUCUUUUCGGCCGUGAUUGUUCCACGGCUGAUGGAAUCGGGGACACGGUGCUUCCGUUAAUCUACAACCUCGUUCUGUUUUUGUGUUUUAUCAUUCUCACAAUCGCGCUGGCCGCGAUUUAUUUCUGUGUGCUAAGGGAGACAAAUCGACAUAACAAGUACAUGAAAAGGAACUCCGAUUUUAACCUCCCUUCGUCGGGGUCGAGCGGCUGCGCGGACGAUUCGGGGUCCAGUCUGGACUUGACCCCCGUCGCCUCCAAUUUCUCCGCCUCCCCCUCGGUCCCCGCCCUAGUCAUCUACAACAGCGCUGCCUUCGAUUACACCUCCGAAGACCGCCCCAAUAUCCAAAUCACCCCAUGCGCAGAUGAACUCUCAACCCACCAAAACAACACACCUCAUCCGGAUAUGACGUCAGAGCACGCGGAUAUCUCCUACACGGCAGCGUCGCUGCGUUCAUCAACACAUGACGUCACGCUCAUCCCAGCGGUCAAAACAGACGCCGUCGGCCGAAAGCCGUCUAUUUUAGUAACAAACAAAAACGGGUAUACCCGAAAGGAUCUAAAAAUAGCCAUUCUCGAGCCACACGAAUCGUUCACCUACCCGAAGAAUCCUAAACCUAAGCGACGGAGAGUUCGCAGCAAGACGACCAUCAUCGCGUUUCUUGUGACGCUGGUGUUCAUUUUGAGCUUCCUGCCCCACCUCUCGCUCCAAGUUGCCAAACUGCUAAAUAAAGGAUUCGAUUACAAUCUGCAAGGCCCCGGAUUCGUCGCCUACAAUAUUUUUUUGAGAUCGUACUUCAUAAACUCGGUAUCGAAUCCCUUCAUCUACGGCGCUCUCAAUGUGAAAUUCAGGAACGAAGUGACGUCAUUGAUUCGAAUGUUUGGUUCUAAGAGAUAAAUCUAGGAAUUUUUGUUUACAGAUAUUUGGUUUUAAGAUAUUGAUCUUAGAAUUUGGUUGAGAAAUAGUUAGUUCUAAGAUAUAAAUUACGGAAAU